GAAAUUUAUAAUUGUAAAAACCUUGAAUGUCUUAAAAAGUAUCAAAAAUUUUACAUUUAAGUCAGUUCCUGUUCAACAGUCAAGUCAAACAAAAGCGAUAAUGAAGUUGUUUGUGUUCAAGUUUCUGAUUUUGAAUUUCUUUGCAAUAGCACAAGGACAGCCUGAAGAUUGCUCUUAUUACAUUGAAAGUUGGAAUACAGGUUUAAAGUAUUAUGAAGACACAACAAAUGCUAAUGCAUGUGCAGUUGUCAAGUAUUCAGAAGAAGCUGUAAACAGCAUUAAAGAAAGCAAUGCUCCGAAUAAACAAGAGAUUAUCAUGCAAAUUCUUGAUAGGAUGAAUGAGAGCCACUCAUAUGGGAACAUAAGAAUAUUUCAUGAAUUUGUGACGGCAAUUCGUGAAGCACUUAAUAGGAAGAUUGAUAGAAGUGAGCUCCAGGAAGCAAUCAAAGAGAACAAACCGAUUGGCAAGUUUCCAAUGACUUGUAUUGAGAAUUUUGGGGAAGCUCAUCGAAUUUUCAUUGAACCUAAUCGAAAAAUUACAGCUGCUUAUCAAAGACUUACGUCUUUAGGUUUGGAUAAGCUUUAGAGACGAAGGUAGUUUAAAGCACAGAAGACAAGAGUUUCAGGAUGUUCUUGUUCCUCACAGUUGACUAAUACAGAGGAA